CUGUCUAUUAUAAAUUGAAUAUAUUAUAUAACAAACGAUGGGAGCUGCUCAGGUACGGAAUGAGACGAUAGACAGCAAGUCUAAGAACAAUAGAAGAAGAAGAAAGAAGAGAAGAACUGAGGAUUUCUCAUCAGACUCGGAAUCAUCUUCAUCUUCAUCUUCAUCUGAAGAUUCUCAAGAUGAAGACGAAGCAAAAGAAGAAGAAAAAGCAAUUACACAUCCAGUUCAAAAGAAAGUUGCCAAGAUAGAUAUAGAUGACGUUGACAUGCUUUCUGAGGAAGAAGAAGAUGGAAAGUCAGGUGUGAUACCGCAAACAUUAUCUGAGGAAACUCAUGAAAAGAUAUCAAACAUCAAAUUAACCACUACUGCAUUAUCUAACUCCACUGGAUUUGGUAAAGGCUCUACUGUAAAUGGUAGUAAAGUUAAGGAAACCCUUAUCAAGGAUAGAGCCCAACUUAACAAUGAAUAUUUGAUGUUGAUGGCCUCCAACUUUGGAAAUGACUUAGAUGAACUCAGAAAGAAACCAGAUUUCAGUGAAAAAUCGUUAGUGAUUUUAGCAAAGGCUUUACAAUCUGGUUCUAAUAUGUUUGACGAUGAUACGUUAAACGCCAUACUUAGUAAAUAAGUAAAAAUUGUAAAAUAUAUAUCAUAGUAUAAAAGAAAUAGUAC